GGUGCACAUCUAUUUCACUGCCUGGCCACUCCACUGUCCACACUCCCUGUAAGCUGAACGAAGGACACAUCUCUGUCUCCGGCCGGCCUCGAGGAGCAGCAGCGCGAGCAGCAAUGGCGCAGGAGAUCGAGCGCACGCACCUCCCCAUCCGCGGGCUCAACAUCCACGUCGCGCAGGUCGGCAAAGGCGAGCUGGGGACGGUGGUGUUCCUGCACGGCUUCCCGGAGAUUUGGUACUCGUGGCGCCACCAGAUGCUGGCCGUGGCCGCGGCGGGGUACCGCGCCAUCGCGCCGGACUGCCGCGGGUACGGCCUCUCGGACCAGCCGCCGGAGGACGAGGAGGCCUCCUGGGAGGACCUCGUCGCCGACGUGCUCGCCAUCCUCGACGCCUACUCCGUCCCCAAGGCGUUCUUGGUCGCCAAGGACUUCGGCGCCAUGCCGGCGUACGAGUUCGCGCUGCAGCACCCUGACCGCACCUGCGGCGUGGUGUGCCUGGGCAUCCCCUUCAGCCCGGCGCCCAGGUCCUUCGACGCCAUGCCCGAAGGCUUCUACGUCCUGCGCUGGCGCGUGCGUACCUACCCACUCGCUGGACCAUCAGAUUUUGCUGCUGCUCUGCAGCUGGUGUUCAGCUGCUCAUGUGUUCUCCUUUUCUUUUUUCUUUUUUUCUUUUUCUGUUUUCUGGUGCAGGAGCCUGACAGGGCGGAGGCGGACUUCGGCCGGUACGACGUGCGGCGGGUGGUGCGCACCAUCUACGUGCUCUUCGCCGGCGCCGAGAUCCCGACGGCGAAGGAAGGGCAGGAGAUCAUGGACCUCGCCGACCUGACCACGCCGCUGCCGGAGUGGUUCACCGAGGAGGACCUCGACGCCUACGCCAAGCUCUACGAGAAGUCCGGCUUCCGGUACCCUCUCCAGAUGCCAUACAGGGCCAUACACAAGCUACCGAACCGGCUGGACGCCAAGUUCCAGGUGCCUGUGUUCAUGGUGAUGGGGGAGAAGGACUACGCGUUCAAGUUCCCGGGGUUCGAGGCCGCGUUGCGGGGCGGCGCCAUGGAGAGCUUCAUGCCGGACCUGAAGAUCGCCUACAUCCCGGAGGGGAGCCACUUCGUGCAGGAGCAGCUGCCGGAGCAGGUCAACGAGCUCCUCCUCGGCUUCCUCAAGGACCACCCCGUCGUCGCCGCGUGAGAUGCCGCCAAGGCCGUGAGCACAAGUGAACAGCGUUUUCAGCGGUUGCUAUCGCCGUUGUUCUUGUGGUGUAGCUCUGAAUCUUCUCGGCAAUAAAAAUGCACGCUGGUAGUGCUUGAUCACUGUUUGUACCAGUAUGUUUAUUAGUGCGUCAUGUUCAUCGAAUCAUCUGAUUUGGGGAUGACAUGUUUUGCUCGUAA